AUGUCUGUCAAUUUUGCAGCAGCCAAAGGCAUGGUCGAGGCCGCCAUGGGGACGUGCCAUGGGUUUGAAAAGAGUGCAGAAGCCGGGUUUCACACUGUCUUCCAGGUUGCGUUGGGGAAAUUCAAUGCCAUCCUGCGAUUUCCGAACGCAUCGGUUAAGAAUGCGUCUGAUGUCGUCCGCAGUGAACAAGCGACCAUGACAUUCCUGCGAGAAGCCCACGGAUUUCCGAUACCCCGAGUAUACACUUGGAGCGCGGACCUCGAAGGAGAUGGAAUCGGCUCUCCCUACAUAUUUAUGGAGCACAUACCAGGUGUUCCUUUCGAGGAUGCUCUGCAUGAGGGGAAGGUCUCAAACUGCCUUUGGAGACAGAUCGCCCAAAUCCAAGACCGAUUGGCCCGCAUCCCACUGGCAAGGAUCGGUAGCAUAUAUCGCAGGGAGGAUCUCCCUCCCCACCUUGCCGACUCGCCCCUAUACUGA